GGGCUCGCUAGCUAGCCCAUCCUGCAAUGAAAAAUUACAGUUUUACGGCAGUUGCGUUAACAUUACUUAUGAAUUAGUUUCUAAUUUCUCAUUUAAGAGUAGAGUUAUAGGACAUUAGAAUAAAAUAAGAUUACUGGGAGAUACAUAUUUUACAGGUGAAGAUGAGGACCCUAACUUCACCCAGUGGUCAAGAGGAAGCUGUGACCGUCAGAAGGAGUGAAUCAGCGGAUGCUCAGGGGAUUGACAGCCUCAUCACCCCUUCGGCUCAGGCGGUUUUUGGAAGGGUCAACGUAAUUCAUCUGCUAGAGAAAGCCAAUCUGGCCGUGACUCUGGCCAAUGAAAAGGAUGACAUUGUGGCCCACGCUUCGUUCUUCGAUUACCCUGUUGGAGACUUGGUGGAUCCGGCUCACUGGGAACGUUUCCUGCAGAAACACUUCAGAGCUGAAAAAUGCACACCUUUGAACACACUCUACCUCCACCUUUUUGUGGCACAGCCAAAUUUUGUCGCAGCAAGUGUAAAGGAAAUAAUGAGGGCUGUCUUUAAUGCAGUUGGAGAGCUUGAAUACAUCUGCCUGAUCAGCCCAAACAUUGGUGUUUUAGAGCCAGCUCUAGAGAAGGUAUUUGAGCCAUUGAAGCACCUGACUGACCCUGGACCUCAGUGUUCAGCAUUCAUCUGCCGAAGACAAAAGCUCUGUCCAAGGCUUCAUAUCCGCCCAGCCAGGGUUGAAGAUCACGAUGAUAUCAUGCACUUAUUUGCAGAGCAGACAAAACUACUACAAACUACAGACAUAGUGGAUCAGUCGUACUUCCUGGCCGAGCUCAUCGAGGCCCAGAAUGAGAAGAAUUGCACCGCUGUGUGUGAGAGUGACGGAGUGGUUGUUGGCUUCAUCAGCGUCACUUCUGAUGUUGAUUUGAAACAGCUGCACAGCUUUGAGUUGAGCGAGUUUGAUGGUUUGUACAAACGAAUAAAACACAAUGAAGCCGCUGCUCAGCCUGACUCAAGUAAAGACGAAGAAGAUUCACAGCAGGAGAAGACACCGUCGAAUGGAGCAGGACAAUUUUCAGAGAAAUCCAACGCUUUCUGUAUUCAGUUCUUUGCUAUUGACAAGAGCUAUGAAACAAGAUCAGUGGAUUUUAUUCCAUAUGUAUUCAAACUCUUUCCUGACCUGGACUUCUGCAUCAUCACUGUCCCGAUGCUGUCCCCUGAGUUCCUGUUGCUGCAGAACUUCCUCAGGGUGCCACACCGCAUCACCACCUUGCUGCCAUAUGAACUCUACAUAUUCCCCCGCACCGGGCUCAGGAGUGUGAAGGUGAGGCUGGCUGUGGCUGCAGACCGGCCGGCUGUCUAUGAUCUGGUGACGGGUCUGAGUCUGAAGAAUUCCCUGCUGCAGGACCUGGACUGCUUCUAUGAGACACGCAGCGACCUGGACGGGGUGCCGCUGCAGGCCUUCGUGGCCCAGGUGGACGGUCAGGUUGUGGGGAUUCUGAUCAUGAGAGACGAGCAGGAUGUCGAGUACAUUCGAGCCCACUACAACAUCGAGAACUUCAUCUACUUCAGCCAUCACCGCUACGAGGAGCACGCUCAGAUACGCCACUUUGUCCUCAACCCGUCCUUCCAGCACUUCAGCAAACACUUGUUUAAGGAAGUGCUCCGCCUGGCUCACAAAUCCUGCCUCUACCACCGAAUGUACCCCCCCGACUGCAGCCAGGAGAAUUCCUGCGUCCACCAUCUGGAUUUUGUCCUCAACUGCGCAGUCCCCGUACGCCUGCGACGCCAGAUCAUCUACCCGCUGGAGGAGCUUGGCAUCAACGCCCCUUCCAGGCGGAUCACCGAGGACCAGGCACCGUUUGCUCUCAGCCUCAUCAGCAGGAAGUUAACCAUGGAGCCGAAGGUCACGGUUAAUGCCAGGAUUGUGGUGGUGGGGGCAUCGGACACAGGUUUAUCUUUCCUUGAGGUGCUUUGUUUCUGCCCUCACCUGAGGUUCAACAACCUGACCCUCAUCUCAACACACGGUUUCCCCAGCGACUGUAACCACGAGGACGUUGGGUUUCUGUCCACAAGUCAUGCAUACAGCAGCAGAGACUUGGCCCGGCUUCCUCUGCAUUCCUACGUCAACGUGGUGACUGGGAAGAUGGUGGGCAUCAACAGGAAGUCCAAAUAUGUCCGUGUGUCUGGUGGUGAGAAGGUGCCCUACGAUCACCUCAUCCUCUGUACCGGCCUGCAGUACCGGGUCCCCUGUCCUACUGGUGUUGACGUGAGCCAGCCCGUCACAAACAGCCAGCUGCCGACUCAGUCCACCCAUCGCAGGUACACCGGGCCCGUCCCAUCCAACCUCUUCACCCUCAACGACCUCCACGACUGCAUGGCUGCUCACCGCUGGCUGUGUGCCAACUUUGUGGAGCUGGAGGAUAAUGCCGUUGUCUAUGGAAACAGCAUCGAUGUCUUCACCACUGUGGAGACUUUGCUGAGCCUCGGUGUCCAGGGAAAUCGUAUCCACCUGGUCCUCACACCUCCUGAGCCCGCCGCCUCCUGCUUUAGCGACCCUAAUGUCGAGAAGGCUGUGGUGACAGCCAUGUCGAAGGCCGAGGUCCAGGUCCACCAUGACUGCAUGCUGGCCCAGAUGAACCACGGAGACGAACAUCCCGAUCCUCUCACAUCUGUGUCAUUCAGCACCGACGCAGAGCCUCUUCAUCUGCAGUGUGGAGUGUUCAUCAACCUCUCCAAUAAAGGAGUCGACUACGACGCCUUCGAGAGCAUCAACAACUCCUUCCUUGUCUUCGACAGCAGACUCGUCAUAAACGCAUCUUUCCACACCAGCGAUGAAGCCAUUUGUGGUGCCGGUCCGCUCACCAAAUACUCCCGCAGCUACUACACAGACGAGUGGUCGCAGGCCAACUUCAACUCGAAGGAAGUGGGUCAAGAGCUGGCAGCCAUGUUGCUGCCGCUCUUCGACCCGACGCAGGAGCCUGCGGACGAGCCUCCACCUGGAGCGGAUCGUCUUGUUCCACUCUACAAACAAGCCAAGAUUCAAGGGGGGAAGCUGCCCGGAGGUUUCAACUACCUACACGUUUCCAAACCGUCUGCGAACCUGACAGAACCUCCUGCCAAACAUUUACAGGACAGAGGCAUUGUCACCGGACGAGUGGAGACAGGAAACUACUUCUGUUUACACCUCGACUGUUACGAGCUGGUGGAGACACUCACCUGUCUGUCCCUGAAGCCCCUCCCCGUCUACAAUUACCUGAGUCUGUACGGGAAACACCAGCAGCUGCUGGGCCAGCUGCUAACACGCUACAACCAGGGCCUGAUCCAUGACCUGUACAGUUUCUUCAGACAAAGCUGGUGUUUGGCCGUUUGUCACGACAGAUUCUCCGACUUUGAGCAGGAGCUUCAACAGAUCACCUCGACGACAGACGACGAGUCGAGGCAGCAGCUGACAGAGGACGCUAACAACUCCAACGUCCUCACUCCGGAGAGGCGAGCGGCUCUGAGGAGCAGCGCUGUGAAAUAUCUGACCUACAACCGCAACCUGCUGCCCAUGUUCGCAUACCCGGGACAGCUGUGACAUCAUCAGUGCCAUCACCAGGUUAACGAUGUCUUUUAAGUCUGACAAAUGUCUUCAAACUACAGAAUAAACUGUUAAACUGAACAAAUGCACUUUAUUUAUAAAGUUAAGCUGACGUUCACUGUU